AUGGCCUUCUUCACGACGACGCUGGAAUUAAGCGGAACGACUGGAUUACUGGGAUUGCCGGAGAAGAGCAUCUACCCCGUCAAGGCUCCCGAAGACAAGCGCUUCUGGCGGUGCAAACUGUCGAUGGAUCAUUUUAACGAGGGAUAUGAGAUGUUUGAGGUGCGACGCAAGAGGGAAUGGCUGGAUGACGAUGGGAAACCUGUCUAUACGAGAUGGGGCGGCCAGGAUUUUAUCUUGUUCGUAAAAUCGCGUCAAGCCGCACGGUUCAUUAAUCGUCCGGGAUUUUAUCACAUACCCACUAAAAUCCAACGGUCUCUAGCACUGCAUGAUGGGCAGUGGUACAGUACGGAUUACCGCGCAUCCGGCCUGUAUUGCAAAGUGGGCGUAUUGGGUUCAAUCCCGCUGCCGAUAUGCGUGCGAGUGCCCGAAAAAUUGCUGUUAGACGCAGCCAGGGAGGUGUCGGUGGCUCUGGUCCGAGAGGUGGCUUCGAAGGUUGAUAACGAUUGGAGAAAUGGGUGGACCAACCGUAGCGACGAAGAACGAGCCACAAUGGUCCGGAAUAUGAUUGAAUUUCUGCGCAAAAACAUUUGCAGAAGCUGGGGAUGUGGGGGAACGGUUGACGGCAACCCGCGGCAGCUAGCCACUGACAUUGCCAUUCAUAUUUGGAAGUAUGCGGAAUGGUUGGCUGGUACGGAAGAGCAGCUUCAAGCCACUUCCUUCUACCAAGAUUUGAUCAAGCUUGCGCAUAGCCACGCGACACACGGAACACUGCCCUGCAAUUGCCAUUGCAAUCAUUGGGACACAAUCUCAAAGCGUGCUCCGAAAUCUGCCGAAACGUUGAGCCAAGUCCUCGAAGGCGACGAGCAGAUCGCAGCAAUUUUGAACAAACUUACUUUG